AUGUUAUCACUCUCACAACAACAACAACAACAGAGAGGUGGUAGUGGUGGUAAUGCCUCCAACAAUAACAAUAGAGGAGGAAGUAAUAAUAAUACUCUUGACAAUAAUAACACUACAAAAUCAUCAAUUCACAUGCCAGAUUAUAUCCGAGAAAAGGAAACCAUUAAAAAAUUCCUAUUAGAAUUUACAUCAGUACAAUUUAAUGAAUUAUUACAGGAGAGUGAAAUGAUUUUUCCAUAUAAAAAGUUAAUAGAUCAAUUAAAAUUACAUCAAUUAGAAUAUUCUGAUGAAAAGAUUAAAUUUCCCAUUCAAUUUGAUGAUUUACAAAUUGGAGGUUUUAAAGAUUUAAUGUUUAAAAUACAAGAAAAUGGAAUGAGAUAUAAAAAAUUAUUUGAAAAUGUUAUUGAUCAAUUAAUUCAAUUAGAAAAUGAUGAAUUUGAUGAUUUAAUGAAUGAAUGA